AUGGCAGCGGCUCAAAACAACUUCUUCCUUUGGGGCACCUGGAAGAACAGGGUGAUCUCGAAGCCCUUCCUCACCAAGAAGGUGGCACAGCAGCUUAAGAAAGUCGUCCUUGGAGAGAGCUUCGUCAUCGGCCUCACCGAGAAUGGCAAGGUCGUCUCCUGGGGCAAGGAUUUGAAGAGCGGAUGUCUUGGCUUGGGUUUCUCAGAGGACACCGGAGCGCCGGUGAUGAACCAAGACGUGCCUCAAGAGAUUGCCUCGCUCAAGGAGGUCAUGGACAUCCAGAUGGGUACAGAGCAUGUUGUGGCACUAACUACAGGGGGGGAGGUCUUCUGCUGGGGCACCGGACAGAAGGGCCAGCUUGGCAACGGCAACCAAAACACAUCAUACAUCCCUUGCAAGGUAGAUGCCCUGGCCAACGAACAGAUCGUCCAAAUCGUAGUGGUGAAGAACUCGACCUUCGCACUGUCCACCAACGGCACAGUCUUCGGCUGGGGUGAGAACAAGGACAAUAUCCUUGGUUUCGAGGACGAGACAGCGAAAAAGCAGAUCGCGGAAUGGCCCUUGAAGCUGACUCUGCUCCAAGAGAAUCGGGUACGAAAGCUGGAGGUUUUCGAUGGCAAGACCAUCAUCGCUCACAUUCGUGGCCAAGACAGCGAGACGACGUUUGGCCGCUUUGAGACGAUGCAAGAAGACGGCGGCCAGGAGGAAGAGGAGGAGAUCGAGAUCUUUAAGGGCAUUGAUGAAAUGCGCAAGAUCAUGGAAAAGACUCAGGAGUGGUGGAAUCACCUACUGAACAUCAAGCAUGGUCAGCCCUACGACCUCCCGCAGGAUUCUCACAUCGUGGCCGGCCCGAAGCAGGAAGGGCACGGCCACGGCGUGAGCCUUUUGAACUGCCCUGGCCUAGUCCUCGAAUCGACUGAUGCACUCCUCAAGUCCGUCUGUUCUGACAGUCAGCCUCGACCCGUUGAGCCUGAGCGUCUCCACCGAGCGGAAAGGCAUCUGGACGCCUUGGUCACGGCGGCGGUGACAGAACUCAAACGGACGCAGCAGAUGCCAGGGACGAGGAAUGUACGCUUCAUCCUUUGCAUGUUCAUUGACGAAUGCCGUCUGAGAAGAGAAAAGGUACAGCGCACGAUUGCAGCGCGCCAGCUGAAGGACGCCAAAGCAAAAUCCAAAGAGAUUGUGGCGUAUUCCGUGAAGGACUUCAGUUCCAACGCGAACGAAAGCAUAAGAAAAAUCAUCGCCGUGACAAAGAACCUUCAGCAGAUGCUGGACGCGGUAAAGACAAUUCAGCCGGUGGACGUGCCGAGUCAAGAGCUGAAGGCGACGCUGGUGGAAUGCCUGGAGUGCAAGCUUCAGCUCCACGACAACCAGGUUGAGCUCCUGAAGGCACAGUGGCACUUCAUUUGA